AUGAUCCGCAGACGCCGCUGCCAAUACCUUGCCUUGGCAGUAAUUGCUCUACACCUUAUCGUUAUUUCGCUUAUAGGUACACAGAGUCCCGAGAAACUUCUACCGUUGAAGAACCUUACAAACACCCUUCGAGAUUAUGCUGUACUUCUUCGAGAAAGAAACUCAUUUGCUUUCGACGCUUGGACUGAUAAGAUCUUUAGUAACUACUUGGAGGAUCCGAGUACCGAGAGCAAGGAUAUCAAGAUCGCAGCACUUUCCGUGAAUGGCUCGGCCUACGGAGCAGACAAGACAGCUGUAUCUAUACCAGCUUUCCUAAAAGAUGAAUCUGAGAACCCCAUACUCCUACCUUUCGAGCCUCGCUUCACCUUGGGCAUGAUCCUCAAUGAAUAUAACGAACAACUCAAAAAUGACGUGGGUGCAAGCCCAGCAACAUUCGAAUACACCCUCCCAGUGUUUCACUGGUCAGACUGGACUGAUUUGUCUGCCCUAUAUCCGCAUUUCAUGUCAGCUGGAGAAAACAGACAGUCUUGUAAGAUGUUUGGGAAGACACCUAGAAAGACGAGGAAAAACCCCAAUCCGCAGGCAACUGCCCCAAACUGGUGCAUAGACGAUUCCCAAAUUGCACAUCUUUAUCAUGAGAAUCUCGUUGCUGAUGAAAGGAAGCAAGCGUGCCUCAAAGAAAUCUUGCAAUCUCCACUUCGAACAGGCUUCCAUGUUGAUCAAUAUGGAGGCCGGACUCCACAUGCUCUGAAAAAGGUUGAGGCAGCCCUGUACUUGAACGACUUCAUGGACAAGCCGUUAUCAAUAGUACUUUUACUACCUCACCCUUCAGGCCGUCUGAGGUCGAUAAGGCUCAACGUCAACCAAGAAGUGGGUAGUAGAGUCCGUCUUCUGCACUCCGACUUGGCAAAGUCUGUGGCAGGUAGGGCUGACGAGGUCGACAUCAGGGAAGAGCUUUGCCGCCUUGCAUCAUAUUAUGAAGAUGAGAGUAGUGAUACUUAUCACCCUACUAUCGAACUUCAGCAUGAGGAUUUUGUGGAGGAUCUGAGACUCAGACUUCAGGAGUUACUUGCAAAAGAGACGCUUACACCACACGAGCGCAAUUAUGCUCUCAGUUUAAACCUUUCAAUCAGCGGCGUGGAACCAACAAAAUAUUUAUACGAGGCCCAACUUCACAGGUCAACACCUAAUUGGGCAUGGGGAAGUCAUUACGACUGGAGAUUUUAUAAAAGCAUUAUAAAUUUUCUGGACCUUCAAGCACCUGCUUUGCAUAGUCUCACUCAAGCCUGGCUUCGAUUCAUUAAUGCUCAACAUUUGCAAAGCUGGGUUGCACACGGUACAUUACUUUCAUGGUACUGGAAUGGGAUCAACUUUCCGUGGGAUGCAGACGUUGAUGUACAGAUGCCAAUAACCGAUCUUCAUGUCUUGGCUCGUAAUUUUAAUCAAUCGAUUAUCGUUGACUUCGGCACAGACAUCAACGGUGAAGUCAAAACAGGAAGAUACUUCCUAGACAUUGGUACUUGGAUUUCUCUGAGAGAAUUUGGCAACGGCCUUAACAACAUCGACGGAAGGUUCAUCGAUAUGGAUACUGGUCUUUACAUUGACAUCACUGGUCUCUCCAUUUCUAACAUGGUUGCCCCUAAGGAGUACGAUAGAAAGUUGCCGCGAGGUCUCAGAAGGACCAACAAAGACCGCUUUAUGGAUGAUUUAGAAGUGGCAAGGAACAACUACCUCCAGAUUUACAAUUGCAGAAAUAGGCACUUUGCCUCCUUGAAGGACUUGUCGCCAAUGAAGCUAACCUACGUUGAAGGCGUCCCAGCAUACGUUCCCAAUAAUUACAUGGUCAUGUUACAGCGCGAGUACAACGAAGGAGGUUUGAUGGAACAGAAGUUCAAACGCUAUGUGUACUUGCCACGAUUGAGGAUCUGGCAUCCUUUUGACAAAGUGUCUCAGUUUGUCGUUGGCAAGGGGAAAGACUUUCAACCGAUGUUAGAGCUUGGUCCAGACAAGUCGAAGGCUCUGAACAAGAUUGACAAAAUGGCCGUCUAUACAAUGUCAGACGAGGACUAUCUUGAGCUAAUGGUGAGAGAGAAACUGCUCUUGGUGGAGUAUUUGACCACGAGAGAAGUCACCGCUCUCCACGAAAAUGAAAUGAAAAAACUUCUCAAAAACAAGCCCACGGAAGACCUUCUUCUUGAAAACGAGAAGUUGAUUCACCAAUUUCCGUCGUUCAGAAGAGACUACAUCAGGUAUGCACGGGCUAAGGAGGAUUUUUCGUUUGAUGAAAAGGUUGUGGAGCUAACAAAUGAGAUGAUGUCUUUUCGACAAGGCCUGGAGCCCGGGAUGAAGCAAAACACGAGAGAAAUGGACGUUGAGAGGUCUGAGCAGGUCAAUUCGAAAAAAGAUGGACCAGAUCCUGUUGUUAUGUUUCAGCCCAAAGGAGCCGCCCUUGAGAGGCCGCGAAACGAAGAAGGACCCUAA